AUGUUUCCCUUCAAGGUGAGCAAAUGGAUGGGGCUGGCUUGCUUCCGGUCUCUGGUGGUCUCCUCAUCCAACAUUCGCCAGAAGAAACUUAUCCACAAGCUGCAGGAAGAAAAGGCGUUCCGGGAAGAGAUGAAACAUUUUCGUGAGAAAAUAGAAGACUUCAGGGAAGAGAUGUGGAAUUUCCGAGGCAAGAUCCAAGCCUUCAGGUGCCAGAUCUUGGGCUUUUGGGAAGAGGAGAGACCUUUCUGGGAAGAGGAGAAAACUUUCUGGAAAGAGGAAAAAGCCUUCUGGGAGACGGAAAAAUCUUUCCGCGAAGAAGAGAAAGCCUUUUGGAAGAAGUACCGAAUCUUCUGGAAGGAAGAUAAGGUCUUCUGGAAAGAGGACAAUGCCUUAUGGGAAAGAGACCGGAACCUUCUUCAGGAGGACAAGGCCCUGUGGGAGGAAGAAAAGGCCCUGUGGGUAGAGGAAAGAGCUCUUCUGGAGGAGGAGAAGGCCCUGUGGGAGGAUAAAAAGUCCCUGUGGGAGGAAGAGAAUGCCCUCUGGGAGGAGGAGAAGGCCUUCUGGGUGGAAGAUGGCGGCCACGUUGCUGAGGAGCAGAUGGUGGAAGGCGGGCACCACAACGUCAAUGGGGGGCCACAGUCACCGGCCGCCUCCCGAGGCAGGGCCUGA